AUGUCAGUAUCUCAUUCCAACACCUUUACUGAUUUAUUGAAAUAUAUUGGCAUAGAUUACAUCCUUCAUCAUGAAGAAUCUAGAAAGAUCUUAGAUGAUACAACAAGUGAUGCUUUUUGGGCAAUUGGAUCAAAUAAUACAAUGCUUUGGCUGAUACAGAAUCAAAAUUCUCGUUGGUUUGUGCGCCAAUUUGCAUCUUCAAUAUACCACUUCGGACGAUUAGCCAUUAAUUUUGGAUAUUCAUCGACAGAUAUGGUUAUUUCGAAAAUUAUGCAUCCAAUUUUACCAAAAGUACCAGAAUUUUCUUCCCUUGCAUCAAAACAAAGAUUUUAUAAACGAAUGAUGCUUACUUUACGAUUAAAUGGAGGCGUUUAUGCUGAAUUUGGACAAAUAAUACGUAAUUGCGUCAAUGCAUUACCAGAAACACCAUAUACAAGUCCUUACUACAAAAUUAAUCAGUGUUAUCCAGUAAUAAAAGGAAAAAAUACAAUUCAAGUUUUUGAUGAAUUUAUUGAUAACAAACCAACAUCCGGAUACUCACUUGAAGAAUUGAGAAAUAUAUUUACCCGCCAAACAGGCUAUAAUCUCAAUGAAAUCGUUUUGAAAGUUGAACCAGAGUACAAAACAUGCGGUCCAUUAAUUUACCAUAAUGCUGUUCUUAGAACAGGUCAAAAAGUUACAAUUACAGUCCUUCCUCCUCAUAUUGACAGAAUGAGAUUUUUAGAUCUUCUUCCUUUCAAGAUUUUAAGAGGAUUUAUGAUGAUUGUUCCUUUCAUAUCCAGAGAGAAAUCAAUUUACGAUACAAUUAUGCGUCGUUUAGAUUUUAAUUUGAUAAAAGAAGUCAAUUCAAGAAAUCUUAUUCUCAACAAGCUUGGAAUCGACACCAAAUCAUCAGAUCCUGCAUUUAUAUUCCCAAGAGCACGCCGUGCUCCAAUUUCCAUUUCAGUUCCCGCUCCAUUAACUAAUUAUUGCGGAAGAAACGUUAUGAUUACAGACAGAAUGCCUCCACCGCUUGAGAGCAGUAUUCCAUCAUAUGUUGCUGUUAAUAUUGCUGAUUUCUGGGCAAAUUUGCUGACAAAAUACAAUCUUUCUUUACCAGACAUUUCUUCAAGAAAUGUUCUUGCAGGAUAUAAUGGAAUCGCACUUGCUAGAUAUUCUUCUGUUACUCCUGUUUCGAAAGAAGACAUUCAUUACUUAAUUAAACUUCAUCAUUCAAUUGUUUAUCAGAAUAGAGAUGCCGCAUUGAAGCUUGCACCAAAGCUUGGCUUAUCUCCAAAUGCUGUCGAGAGAUCCAUCCAACUUAAUACCAUAGAUCCUCUCGUUUUGAAGCAAUUAAUGAAAAAUCAUUCACAAACUCUUCUUUCUGUCGGAGAAAGCUUCGUGAAUAUUCUUAAUUUGAAGAAUGAAACAGGUAGAAAGUCUAUUAUGAUGCCAGUUAUCGCUGGAUACGCUGCAAAAAUGGCAUCUCCAAAUUAUUCUACAUCGAACUUCCCAUAUAACAUCAUCUCUUGGGCCAGAUACUUCCGUGUUUAA